AAAUGAAAGGACUGCAUGAGGCGUUCAUUACCACAUAUUCAUAAAUUAUUAACGUAAAUUUUUACAGCAAAAUCGUCUGGGUUAGUUUUUCAAAAUGAGUGUAAGAAAGUCAGCACAAUCGAUGGAGCUUGUCGCCUUUCAGUUUUAAUCGUUUGGUUAAAUUCCAGAAAAGGUGCAACAUUUUUAACAUUACUGAACACUGAUUUAUGUACAGUAGUCUCAAUAAUUAAUAAUAAUCAAUCUAAAAAUAUAGCUGGGGAGAAAUGAGUUAAAACUGUUCCCUGAGAUCCAAACAAUCCUGGAAUGACAGAAAUUGUGACGUCAGCCUUUACACGUAAACGUUACAUCGAAAAUAUUUCCAAUAGGAACAUACAAAGACUUGCAUUCAACAAUAGGGUUUUCCUGGGAUUUUGAGCAUGUGGCUGAACAGCAACAGCGUCCAGAUGGGGGCUUUUACCGUGGUGGGGUAUCUUCUCUACAGAUUCUCUCAGACUCUCCCAGCUCUGAUCAGAUGGCCCAUUCGUCUCUUCUGCUCUUUAACUGGUCUGUCAGCUCUCUGGGGCUGGGUGAGCCGGCUCGUGGGAACACUCCGUGGAAUCCAGAGCCUGUGUAAAUGGCUGUCGCGGAUGUGGCGGUUUAUCGAAGCAUUUUCCUACAAGUUCAAAUGGCUGGUUGCUGUCAUCAAAGCCAUCACAGGAUCGUCCAAAGAAGGAGCAGUGGAGUCAGAGGCCAAUCCAACCAGAACGCAGAACCUUUCCAGUGACCUCUCAAGCAAACCUGGCUUGAGGCUGAUCCUCCUCGGGCCUUCUGGUGGAGGGCGGUCAUCCCUGGCAGACACUUUGCUGGGUAACAGUGGGACAAAGGCACCCACAGGUCCUCUGAUGGAAAGCACCAAGCGAAGGGCAGUGGUCGAUGGUAGAGAGGUCACAGUGAUCGACACUCCAGAUCUUCUUGGGCCGUCACUGGGGAACAACAAGAGAGCAAGGGAAGCUUUACAGAGCCUUCAGCUCGUCAGUCCUGGACCGCAUGCCUUCCUGCUGGUGGUUCGGGCCCCAGGCUCCAGCAUUGGGAUCGACCAGGAUGCUGCCCAGGCGAUCCGAGCCACACUGGAACUGUUUGGAGAUGUGGCCGCGGGGUACAUCAUCCCGGUGCUCACCCAUGCGGACCGCCUCGGUCGAAGGCGCACUGUCGAUCAGCUGCUGGAUGUGGACACGGGGGCCCUGAGAAAUGUUGUGUCCCUGUGCGGCCAGAGGCCUGAGCUGGUGGACAACAGGCCAGACUGCCCCCCGGAGGCUAAGAGUGGGACGCACAGGCAGUUGGUGGAGCGCGUGAUGGAGACGAAGGACCUGAGGGAGCAUUUUGUCCACGAGCUGCAGAGGACGGAGGACCGCAUCAAGGAGGAGCUGCUAACUGACAUGGCCUCUGCACUGACUAGAAAACUGGGACACAUGUAAAAAAGAGAAUGAGAAAAAGCCUUCACUGCUAGGGCAGUGAAAAAAUUAGGAGGCAGGAUAAUUUUUUCUGUCAAACCUGCAAUUUUGACUUAGAGUGCAGUGGUGAUUCUCUGCCUUAGGUAUUUUUGCUACUGGUGGCCUUCUGGUUGGAUAUCAUGGUCACACAAACUUAAUUUACCUAUUCCGAUGUCAAUUCUUCAAUGCCUGCACAUUGUUUUGUAUGAGCCUGUGCCUCGAGUUUUCAUACUCUGCUCCUGGUGCUUAGCCCAGCCUCUCUGCCUUCUAUAAUUCAUAAGCGAUAUCAAACUUUAAAGAUGAUCAGGGAAAAUAAAGUCAAAGUCAUAUCGGGACAAGAGUUCACAUCCUGACUCCAUUGUUCCCUGUGAAUUCCUUGUGCAUAUCGUGCAAUUUAAAUUCUGCACAAGAAAAUGCCAAUUCCACCAGCCACAAUGAAGACACAAUUGAAGCAUUGCAACCACACGGAAUGGGUUGGCGUUACUACAAAUCAGUUCAAGGUGAGAUGAAUGCUGUACAUAUCCACAGAUGUUCUUCCUUGGGGAACCUGGAGCUUUUGGGAGGUCCCCAUGAGGGUUCUGUGCCCUGUACUAGUUGAUGUCCUGCCCAGUGAGUAAGUCAUAUUGGGGAUGUCAUAAAGGAAUAUGUUGGCUACAUUGUGGCCUGUGCCUCUUGUUGUUUGUAUGAUCAAGGUGUUUUCCUGAUCUGUGCUGACCCACAUACAGUGUCUGUUUCAUUUAAAGCUGCGUUAACUUUUUUUUUUGCCACUAAAGGG